AAAUUGGGGGUGAACGACAGCGACAUACGGAAACAUACAUAAGCCUGGUGGGUUGGCGCGAAAGGCAAAAGCAGAGGCACAAAGGAGCAACUGCUGCUGCUGUGAACGGUGUGUCCGCAUGCAUGAGCGGUCUCAGCGGCAGCGGUGAUGGUGGUGGUGGUGGUGGUGGUGGUGGCGGUCCCGUGCGGGGCGUGCGCCUCGGAGCCAGCGUCUUUGACGGUGAGAGUGGCGAGAGCGUCCAGCAGGGUGAGCAGGGUGAGCAAGAUGCAAAGCGCGCAAAGUUGAUGCCAGCAACGGCAGAGACCGCGUCGCUGGACGCCAGCAGGAACACCAACGUCUUCAACGAAGUCGUGGAGCUGCUCACUGACGAUGACGAUGACGAUGACGAUGACGAUGACGAUGACGAUGGCGAUGGCGAGGAUGGCGAUGGCGAGGAUGAAUCGAGUCAGGAGGACCAUGAUGACGAGGAUGUUGACGACGAUCGUGACGAAGACUAUGUGGCAGAUGAGGACGAGGACGAGGAUGGGGGCGGUCGUGGGGAUGACGAGGAAGAUGACGACGAGGAGGAAGAUGAAGACGAGGAUGAUGAUGAAGAUGAGGAGGAAGAAGGUGUUGGCGUGUUGCCCUUCUCCCCAAAGAAAACCACCGUCACUGCCUCAGGCUCGUCGGGAACAAGUGUAUCGCAGCUGCCUGCACGGGCGAAGAAGCGUGCCUCACUCGCGCCACCUGCAGCUGCAAAACAACGCACAACAAAGCGCAAGCCAGAACCCCUCAAGAAGCUCUCCUACAAAGAUGUCGUCUACAAGAUUGGCGACUUUGUCUACAACACAUCCUCGGAGCGCUUCCUGCCGUACAACAUUGGGCAGAUCCGCAACUUUCGACAGUCGGGCAGCGAGCCAUAUGUGACCAUCAGCUGGGCAUACCGCAUCGACGAGCUGCCAGACAAGAUCCAUCGCACCUUUGUCCAGUGGACGUCAGAGAUGUACCCGAUCUUGCGUCGCUAUCGCCACAAGAUUCUGCUGCCGUCCAAGCACACCGACAUCAUGAGUGCCGCGCUGCUCAGGGGCAAAUGUGAGUUGCAUCACAUUACGCAAGUCGAGAACUUGCCCGAGUAUCUGGAGAAGGAGGACUGCUUUGUGCACAUUAUGGCAUACGACCACAACCAAAAGUGUCUGUUGUAUCCGGACGGGCGCGCCCGCCACUUCCACCGCGCGCAGAUGAACGAGGCGACGGUGCCGGACGUGACAGAUGUCAUUGACUGGACAAACGUCGCAGCACAGCGCGAAACCAAGCUGUGGGAUCCGGCUGCGUGUCACCGCUUCAACAUGGCCAAGUUCUGCGCUUACUACAAGUCUGCGUGCAUUUGGCGUCGCAUGUCGCUCGGAUUCGCGCCACAGGACGCCGUGGCAGGAGCGUCGCGGGACACGACACUGCAGGCGGCAUACACGGCGCUGCACACGUCCGGGUACAACCGGAACAAGGCGCUCGCAGCCGUGCUGUCAGCAUCACCAGCACCAUCGUCAUCAUCAUCGUCGUCAUCAUCGUCGUCAUCAUCACCAUCAGCAGCAACAACGCUGCCGCUGGAUGCGUUGGAGACCUGGACGACACAGGACCGCUAUCUCUUUAAACAUGGUCUGCAGAAGGUUGGCAGAGACUUCCACGCCAUCCACAAGCAGUAUUUGCCGGCAAAGACGACCCAGGAGAUUACGGAGUUUUAUUUCCUCUGGAAGUUCUCGCCGGAAUACCGAAGAGUCCACAAACUCAUCAGGAGCGGAACGCGAACCUCCUCCCGACGCCACACACAAGCGGAGGACGAGGAAAUCAGUGACGCAGAUUUGGAUGUGUCAACGAACGUGACACCGCGCGGUCAGGCAUCGCAAUGCGUCCAUUGCACAACUACACACUCGCUCUCGUGGCGGAUUGUGUCGCCACAGCGGCUGCUGCUGUGCGAAACGUGCCGUUCAUACUGGAAACGGCACAAAGUCCUUCCUCCCAUAUCGGAGGAAGCCAUCACAGCCAGUGAGCCGGAACCGUUUGAACCACCAAAGACAGACAAAGAGGCCGCUGCAAUGGUGCACGACUUCAUGCAACAGAACGUUGUGCUCAGGUUCACGGCGGAGGCGAAGAGGCAAUACCGCAAAGUUGGCUUUACACACGCGUGCCCAGAGGCGACGGAGAAGGUGGUGCGAACGCAGCCGAUUCACCUGGACGAGUACAUCUCCCCCAACAUCCGCACGUGCAUCAACACAAGCAAGCUUGUGCGCCAGCUCGCAGAAGCCAUCGGGUGGGACACGGGCAAGCAAGAGUUUGCGCGCAACGUGCUGUUCUCGGAGCUGGUGCUGUUUCUCAACAACGUGUCCUCCUGUGUCGGCCUCAAGGACAGCGCCACCGACGACGACGAAGAAGAAAAAGAAGACUGACGGCAGCAGGGUGGAUGGGGAUGACAACUGGUGGUGGUGGGCGAAGAGGUGAAGCAGCGUGCCGUGUUUGGGUGUUGUUGAUCUGAGAAAGUGAAACGUGCCAACUCGCA